AGAUGCACAGAUCAGGAAGAAUAAAUAAGGAUAAAGAGGAUUUGGACAACAUAAUUAACCAGCUUGACCUACUAAAUACAGGUUCCAUCUUCCUUUUGUCAGCAAACAAUUCACUCUCCCUUGGACCUGCUAUCUGCGUCCUGCAGAAACAUCGCACUUAAGUUAUGGGAAGCGGCACCUCAACCCAACACCAUUUUGCUUUCCAGAAUGCGGAGAAAGCCUUCAAGGCAGCGGCCCUGAUCCAGCGGUGGUACCGACGCUACAUGGCCCGCCUGGAGAUGAGGCGGCACUGCACCUGGAGCAUCUUCCAGUCCAUCGAGUACGCCGGGCAGCAGGACCAGGUCAAGCUCCACAAUUUCUUCAGCUACCUUGUGGAUCACUUCACCCCCAGCAGUCACAACGAGAGGGACUUCCUGGCCCGCAUGUUCACUGAGCAGCGAUCCCCCCAGGACUCCGAAAUGGAGAACUGCGGUGACUAUGAGUCCAUCGAGGUACCGGACAGCUACACCGGGCCACGCCUCUCCUUCCCGCUCCUUCCUGACCACGCAACUGCCCUGGUGGAAGCUUUCAGAUGGAAACAGAGGCUCCAUGCUCGCUAUGUCUUGAAUCUUUUGCACGAAGCCAGGAAACACCUGGUUCAACUGCCGAACAUCAACCGAGUCUCCACUUGUUACAGCGAGGAAAUCACAGUAUGUGGAGAUUUACAUGGCCAGUUGGAUGACUUAAUAUUUAUAUUUUAUAAGAACGGCCUCCCAUCACCAGAGCGGGCCUAUGUGUUCAAUGGCGACUUUGUGGACCGAGGGAAGGAUUCAGUCGAGAUCCUAAUGGUUCUCUUUGCCUUCAUGUUGGUUUACCCAAAAGAGUUCCAUCUUAACCGAGGAAACCAUGAGGACCAUAUGGUGAACUUACGAUAUGGUUUUACCAAGGAAGUGAUGCAUAAAUAUAAGAUCCACGGCAAGAGAAUACUAAAACUACUGCAAGAUGUGUUCUGCUGGCUUCCACUGGCCACUCUGGUUGAUGAGAAAGUCCUGAUUCUUCAUGGUGGAGUGUCAGACAGGACUGACUUGGAGCUCUUGGCUAAACUAGACAGGCACAAGAUUGUCUCCACCAUGAGGUACAAAACAAGAAAGGAGAAUAAGAAACAGGCGGAGAAGGGAAAAGCCAACCAGACGGGUUCUGCCGAGAGACCCUCCCCGUGGUUUCUGCCCCAAAGCCGCUCUCCGCCCUCCUCGCCCCUCCGCCCCAGCACCCACAAGGCCCCCAGGGCCGGGCGCUCCUCCAGCGUCCCCUGCGGCGUCCCCCUGGACCCCAAGGAGCUCUCCCGCCGGGUGCGGCACUCCGUGGACCUGGAGCUGGAGAGGUGCCGGCAGCAAGCGGGCUUCCCGGCGAUCAAGGAGAGGGAGGAGCCCUCGGCCUCGGAGUCAGAAGUGGACUCAGAUGCCGAGGAGCAGCCGGAACCCACACCGGAGGAGUGGAGGCAGGUGGUGGAUAUACUGUGGAGUGACCCCAUGGCUCAGGAGGGCUGCAGGGCCAACACUGUUCGAGGCGGCGGCUGUUAUUUUGGGCCGAAUGUGACAGAGCGGUUACUACAGAAGUACAACCUGCAGCUCCUGAUCCGCUCACACGAGUGCAAACCUGAAGGCUAUGAAUUCUGCCAUGGUCGCAAGGUGUUAACCAUCUUUUCUGCCUCCAACUACUAUGAAGUUGGCAGCAACAGAGGAGCCUAUGUCAAACUGGGGCCAGACUUGACCCCACACAUCAUGCAGUUUCAAGCUAACAAGGCAACCCACACGCUUACCAUGAAGCAAAGGAUUAGCAGAGUGGAGGAGUCAGCUCUGAGAGCCCUACGGGAGAAGUUAUUUGCCCAUUCCUCAGAUAUUCUUGUUGAAUUUAAGAAGCGUGAUAAAGAUGAAACUGGUCUGAUCACCCUGAGCGACUGGGCUGCAGCCGUGGAGUCUGUGCUGCACCUGGGACUGCCCUGGCGGAUGCUGAGGCCACAGCUGGUGAGCGGCUUGACGGAUAACAAGCUGGCGUACAAGUCCUGGCUGGAGAACUUGGCCAAAGAAAAACUGAGCCAACAGAACAUACAGUCAAGUUUGCUGGAAACACUGUAUCGCAACCGAUCCAACCUGGAGACCAUUUUUAGGAUCAUAGACAGUGAUCACUCAGGGUCCAUCUCACUGGAUGAGUUCAGGCAUACUUGGAAGCUAUUCAGCUCUCAUAUGAACAUUGACAUCACAGACGACUGCAUCUGUGACCUUGCCCGGAGCAUUGACUUCAACAAGGAUGGCCACAUUGACAUCAAUGAGUUCCUGGAGGCCUUCCGCCUCGUGGAGCAAUCCUGCUCAGGGGGUGACAUCUCAGAUUGCCCACAAGUCACAGACAGUAGUAACAGUGGCUGCAGCAGCCCAGGUGCACACUAAGGCCAGCUCUGUCCCCGUCGCCCAAGGUGCCUCAGAAGCAAUGCCGAGCUCGUUGCUGGAAUGUCUUCCUUAUUCUCCAUAAAUUCAUGGAACUUUAUGCUGAGAAUUUGCCUACCAAUAUGCAACAGAAUCACCUGUGUAUUCAGGCGAAUUCUACCAAAGAACUUUUACCAAUCUUUCUCAAACUUUUCCAAAAGGCUGAAGAGGGAACAGUCCUAAAGAUAAUUCUAUGAAACCACCAUCACCCUGAUACCAAAAUCAGACAGAUACCACCAAAAAAGAAAACUUCAGGCCAAUAUCUUUAAUAAGUAUAGAUAUUUGUAUUUAUAAUGCAAAAUUUUUCAACAAAAUAUUAUCAAACUGAAUACAACAACACAUAAAAAUGAUCAUACACCAUGACCAAGUAGGAUUCAUCCCAAGUUCACAAGGAUGGCUCAACAUAAGCAAAAUCAAUGGGAAACACCACAUCAACAAAAGAAAAGACAAAAAUCACAUGAUCAUCUCAAAAGAUGCAGGAAAAGCAUUUCACAAUUCAACAUCCAUUCAUGAUAAAAACUCUUAUCAGAUUGGGUUGGGGGAAUGUAUUUCAACAUAAUAAAAGCUAUUUAUGACAAACCUACAGCCAAUAUAACACUCAACAGUGAAAUGCUGAAAGCCUUCCCACUAAAACCUGGAACAAGACAAGGGUACCCACUCUCACCACUUCUAUUGAACAUCAUAUUGGAAGUUCGAGCCCCAGCAAUCAGACAGUAAAAGAAAUAAAUGGUAUUCAAAUUGGAAGGGGAGAGGUAAAACUGUCAUUAUAUGCAGACAACAUGAUAUUAUAUAGAGAAAACCCUAAAGAUUCCACACAAAUACUAGAACUGAUAAAUGAAUCUGGUGAGGUAGCAGGAUACAAAAUUAACAUAUAGAAAUCAGUUGCAUUUUAUACUAACAAUGAAAUAUCAAAAAGGGAAUAUAAGAAAAAACAAUACCUUUAAAAUUUAUACCAAAAAACCCCAAAAUAUUUAGGAAUAAACCUGACCAAGGCAGUGAAAGAUUUAUAUACUGAGAACUAUAAAACAUUAAUAGAGAAAAUUAAAGCUGAUUCAAAGAAAUGAAAAGAUAUCUCAUGCUCUUGGACUGGAAGAAUUAAUAGUGUUAAAAUGGC